AUGAGUUUACAAUCUAUCUUAUUACCAAAUAUAACAUCUACUUCUUCAACCUCUUUUGUCUGUUGUUCUAUUUGUUUUCGAAAUUUCAAGUUUGAAAGUGGACUUAAACGGCAUUAUAAUGUAAUUAAAAAAUAUAAUAUGCCACAUAAAGAUCUUGAUGCAAUUCUGAAUACUUCAUUGCAAGAAUAUAAAAAUAUUUUAAUUCAACAAAUACAUUGUCAAUUACCAUUAAGCUUUAGCAGAAUAGGAAGAAAA